GUUCGUAGCUCUACUCAUUUAUUACGUAGAAGCGUAUUAUAUGUAGAUUUUCGUAAAGGAAUAAUAGUUUGCUUCACUGAAACCAGUAAUUUUUACGCUUAUUAGAUGGCCUGACCCAUUUGUUGACACAAUAAUAUACACUUUAUCUUGCAUGCAAUUUUUAUCGGCUUGCUAUAUCCCUUCCAGCACCUGUACUUGCGCGUAUCCGCGAAGCAGAGCCGAGUCAGCCGAGGGCCGAGUGUUUCAGUCGUUAAAAGCGACGAGUAUGCCUGGCGAUGCCAGUAUACCGAUGCAAAGUCCGAGCGAAAUGUUGUGCUGCCGCGUUUAAGUCUGGUUUCUAGUCACGGCCGUGCACGCUUUUAGUUGCAUGCGAAUUGUGUGCGCAGCAGUGGAGAGAACUCGGGUCGCAGAUAAACAUACGUAUAAAUUGCAUCGUAAUUCGUUGUUAUUGAAUAAUUACGCAUUUCGUUCGAAGGAACGGCCGAGAGUUCCGAGCGCGAAUACAGGUUUUUCCUGAUCGAGAGGAAUACAUAGAAGUAACGCGGAACAGCGGCCCCGUAUUCGAAAGUGCGUUACUAUGUUGAUCGUGCUGCAGAUGACCGUUAAACGUGUUAAACAAUAAGAGGUAUGGACCAGUUUAAUGGUAUGAGUGAUGGACAUAUAAAAUUAAGUGAUGUCAUUGAAGUUAUCCAAACUACCGAUCCUGGAUUCGCAGGAUGUAGUGAAAGGGAAGGACAACCGCCAGUCGAAAUGAAUACUGGACAGUUGUUGCCAUACGCUGAAAUAGUUGAACAACCAGCUAGCAAAGCGUUACGCUUUCGCUAUGAAUGCGAAGGCAGAUCGGCUGGUAGCAUACCCGGUGUAAACAGUACACCGGAAAGUAAAACGUUUCCUAGUAUAAGAAUAGUAGGAUACAAAGGCAGAGCUGUGGUGGUAGUCUCGUGUGUAACAAAGGAUCAACCUUACAAGCCUCAUCCUCACAAUCUCGUUGGCAAAGAGGCAUGUAACAAAGGUGUUUGUACAGUCGAAGUCUCGCCGGAAAAUAUGACUGUCAUAUUUGCAAAUCUUGGUAUUCAAUGCGUUAAAAAGAAGGAUAUCGAAGAGGCGCUUAGAAUAAGAGAGGAAAUCCGUGUGGAUCCCUUCAGAACUGGGUUCGAUCACAAGAGACACCCCACCAGCAUCGAUCUGAACGCAGUGAGACUGUGUUUUCAAGUGUUCUUAGAAGGAUCACAGAAGAAAUUAAAUGUACCUUUGCCACCAAUUGUGUCUGACCCAAUAUACGAUAAAAAGGCGAUGUCGGAUCUUGUGAUAUGCAAGCUCAGUCAUUGCAGUGCAUCGGUCGCCGGUGGCAUGGAAAUGAUUUUAUUGUGCGAGAAAGUUGCGAAGGAAGAUAUACAAGUGAGGUUCAUAGAGGAGAAAGAUGGGCAAGUGGUUUGGGAAGGAUUCGGCGAUUUCCAACCCACUCAUGUACAUAAGCAAACCGCGAUUGCGUUCAGGACGCCUACUUACCGCAUACAGCAAGUUGAACAACCGGUACAAGUGUUCAUUCAACUGAGAAGACCUUCGGACGGCGCGACGAGUGAACCUUUACCGUUUCAGAUGUUACCGCUUGGCGCAGGUAGGCCUGCUUUCUGGUCAUUACGGAAAGCAUUUGCCAGGAAGAAAACAGAUUACAGUACAUUUAGUAAAAUCUUAGCCACCGAGUCGGCGUUACUUUCAAAUGCCGCACCGAAAUUCCCGCGUAACAUCGACGAGUAUAAUAACAAUCACGAUUUCGAUUUUAAAAAGUCGAACAACAAAAUCUCCGCGUUGCGCGCUUUGAACGAUUUGUACAAUGUGAAAAACAUGUUAGACUCGUAUAAUGGAAGCCCGGGUACGAAUCAGGGUGUCGCUCAAAACGUAGGACCCACAAAGAACACGAUUAUUGAUUAUCAAAAUAAUGAAGUAUCGAUCGAUGCGCAAAGUUCUGCGAGCCAAUUAAAUAAAGCAUACAAGACGGAUAACAGUUGUACGGACAAAGAGACGAACGACACUAAUUCGGGGACUUUGACUCGUACCAAAUCCGAUAGUACCGUUGAAAACACGUGCGUACUGAGAAAUUCAGAAAUGCUUAAAGAUAAAUCCGACUGGUUCGAUUAUUCGGAAGUAGGCAAAUGGGUGCAAAAGGGUCAGAUGAGUUUAAGAGAGAAAGAGAACGAGGCGGGAGAUUUUAAAGCAGAGAUGACGGACGAGUUGUUGACUCAAGUAGCCGAGUUGGAUCAAAUUUACGCCGAUACUCAUGCGAAAUUGGUUCAGGCGGCUCUCGAGCAACACGCGACUGUUCAAGCGAUGGACAUCGACGUUUGCGACAAUCAGACGUACACCAGUCUACAGAUGGCUAUGAAAAAUCCGAUCGAGUUCGUCGAUCUACCAAAUGAGAGGAAAUACGAGGACGUGUGCGUACCGAAACGAGAUACGAAUCAAUGCCCGUCGCCGGUGGUUACUACGAAGAGAGAUGGAACGCAGGAAACGGAAGAGAGAUUACCGCCGUUACCGCCAAAACGUAUCCGCAAAAUGCCUUCCAUGCCUCUUCUACCGCGUCCCAUAUCCUCUCACGCGGCCGAUUCGUUCGUCGAAGCACCGAAUAAAAAUUUGCCCUCUUUACCCGGUACGCUGACCAAGACCUCGAAGCAAGGUCUGUUCUCGAAAUUGUUUGCAAAGAAAGCAAAGAAGGACAAAGACACGAUAUCGAACGCGUCCAAAGAAACGACUCAGUCUUUGAGUACCACGGGAAAUAUUUCGUACUUGUCGACCAACAGUACUCCGGAUAGUUCGCAGUUGCUCACGCCGAGAUCCAGCGCGAUAAGUACCACCAGCGUGAAAUCGCUUAGAUUAGACGGUGAUGAGACACCGCCGUACGGAAUGGAAUUAACGGAGGCCGAACAUUACGCGUUGUACACUGCUAUGGCGCCGCACGCUACGGCAUCGGAAUUCGAUGAAAUGUCGUUUUAUUAUAGUCCCGUGGAGGGUGGGAAAAUCUACGAUCGGAAGGAAACUUAAUUUUGCUUCAGCGUUUCUAGUGGUCUUUCUAGUCUACUUCCAUUUGAGAGUGAUAUUUUCCCCCGGAAUGCUACUUAGAAGACGUUCCACGGAACGUAACGCGUCCACGAGAUGCAUUUUGUAUUUUUGAAACUUUUUACGAAACCCUUACGACAGACUGACACGGGUCGAACUCGAUUCUAGUCGGGGUACAAGUUGUUGUCCUUGUUCCACAGUCUUUCAUACGAGCCCAGGCUGAAACUUGUUGCCUAUUGUCGGAAGAGGUAGUGUUCCUUCUAGUCAAAUUUUACGGUGUUGCUAAUUUACAUAUAAUUCUAGCGCUUUUUACUAUUUAUGACAGGUUGUUAAGUUUUCUUUUUUUUUUAUUGUGUCUCGAGUUUAUCAAGCGUCGCUUUGUUUCUAGUCAGUAGAACAAUUAAGAGUACGAACCUGUGACUCGCCGAUAACUCACAGCGGUUUUCAACCAAAGAUUUAACGGUUCUCGCAGAUGUUAUGUUCCUUUACUCCUAGGAUCAUUCGUCGCGAUACUUUACGUGACGAUGUUUGUGAAUUAUUUAGUUAAUGUACAAUCAUUUAUAGAUGAUCCUGAUUCGUUAAGGCGAAAGAGGCAAAAGUUUAAUAACAGUCCAAACGCGCUAAUUUUGAGACAUGUACAGGCAGAAGCUG